GACAGUUUUAAGAUUGUGUCUCAGGAUGGAGUGGGUCUAGGGAAGGGUUUGUUACGGUAAUGGCUUUGGUCACUUCUAGUCCCACCUUUCUGGGCACAUAUAUAAGAAGGGAUGGUUAUAGGCUGCUGGGAUAACUGACAUCCUUCCCACCCAUUCCUGAGAUACCCCAGGUGGGGCCGGAGCUCAUGGAACUUCAAAGAGAAAGGAUUCUCUGACCUUCUCAUUGCCACUUUUGCAGGCAAGGUGAAAUCGUACUCUGCUGUACAAAAUUGGCUGAUUUGGGGUUUUCUGGUUCUCUUUCCCUCAGCAGUGCAGCUGAGCUGGGCUGGAGCCGCCCACCCGGAGCUCCCGCAGCAACCUAGGAGAAGGGGCAGCCGAGGCUCAGUCCAGAGCACAGCUCAGGCCAGGUGAACCUAGGCCGAAAGUGAACCUGAGUCUACUUACAUUGUUUUCUGGGGAAUGGAGAGACAAAGUCUCAGCUUGACUGUCCUCUCCUCCUGGACCACCUUUUCUCUGUCACACCCCCCGCCGGUUUCCUGACCCGUCUGAUGCCCCGGAAGCCCAGCUAGGGCCCGACUUUGGCCCCAUGCGUCUCACCCGCUGCCAGGCUGCCCUGGCAGCCGCCAUCACCCUCAACCUCCUGGUCCUCUUCUAUGUCUCAUGGCUGCAGCACCAGCCCAGGAACUCCCGGGCCCGGAGUCCCCGCCGUGGAGCGGCUGCCGGCCCCCGUGUCACCGUCCUGGUGCGGGAGUUCGAGGCCUUUGACAACGCGGUGCCUGAGCUGGUGGACUCUUUCUUGCAACAAGACGCAGCCCAGCCAGUGGUGGUGGCCGCGGACACGCUCCCCUACCCGCCCCUGGCCCUGCCCCGCGUUCCCAACGUUCGCCUGGCGCUGCUCCAGCCCGCCCUGGACCGGCCCGCCGCGGCCUCGCGCCCCGAGACCUACGUGACCACCGAGUUCGUGGCCCUGGUGCCUGACGGGGCGAGGGCCGAGGCCCCGGGCCAACUGGAGCGCAUGGUGGAGGUGCUCCGAGCAGGAGGGGCACGCCUGGUGGCCGCCCCUGUCGCCUCGGCCAACCCCGCCCGGUGCCUGGCCCUGAACGUCAGCCUGCGGGAGUGGACGGCCCGCUACAGCCCCGCGCCCUCCGCGCCCCGCUGUGACGCCCUGGACGGAGACGCGGUGGUGCUCCUGCGCGCCCGCGACCUCUUCAACCUGUCGGCGCCCCUGGCCCGGCCGCUGGGCACCGGCCUCUUCCUGCAGACGGCCUUGCGGGGCUGGGCGGUGCAGCUGCUGGACCUGCCGUUCGGCGCGGCGCGCCAGCCACCCCUGGCCACGGCCCACGCGCGCUGGAAGGCAGAGCGCGAGGGGCGCGCGCGGCGGGCAGCACUGCUGCGCUCGCUGGGCAUCCGCCUGGUAAGCGGGGAGGGCGGGCGCCUCGAGUGGUUCGGUUGCAGCAAGGAGACCCCGCGCUGCUUCGGGACGGUGGUGGGCGACACACCGGCCUAUCUCUACGAGGAGCGCUGGACGCCCCCGUGCUGCCUGCGCGCUCUGCGAGAGACCGCCCGCUAUGUGGUGGGCGUGCUGGAGGCGGCCGGUGUGCGCUACUGGCUGGAGGGCGGCUCGCUGCUCGGGGCCGCCCGCCACGGGGACAUCAUCCCGUGGGACUACGAUGUGGACCUGGGCAUCUACCUGGAGGACGUGGGCAACUGCGAGCAGCUGCGGGGGGCCGAGGCGGGCUCGGUGGUGGACGAGCGCGGCUUCGUGUGGGAGAAGGCCGUAGAGGGCGACUUCUUCCGCGUGCAGUACAGCGAGAGCAACCAUCUGCACGUGGACCUGUGGCCCUUCUACCCCCGCAAUGGAGUCAUGACCAAGGACACAUGGCUGGAUCACCGGCAAGAUGUCGAGUUCCCCGAACACUUCCUGCAGCCUCUCGUGCCCCUGUCCUUUGCUGGCUUCGUGGCGCAGGCACCUAACAACUACCGUCGCUUCCUGGAGCUCAAGUUCGGCCCCGGGGUCAUCGAGAACCCAGAGUACCCCAACCCGUCCCUCCUGAGCUUGGCAGGAAGUGGCUGAAGCUCCU